UUAACGAAAACGGGUCUAACCACUGAGUACCAAUGAAUGGCAAGUUAAAAUCGAAUAGAAUCACAAUGUUUUUCGCGAAAAAUUACAUUUUGUCUACUAGUGUGAAAUAGCGAUUAUAUGUGACAAAACAGGAAUUAUUUUAGCCAGACUGAAUCUCAAUUGCUAGUUAGCAAAACUUUGUAGCCAUGAUAAUGCUAUGCAACAUUAACUUUUAGACGGAAUGACAGAGAAAGUCAGCUACAGUAACUUUGCUGGUUGACAACUUACCAGCUAGCUAGCUAGCUAAGUUAGUUCCGUUACUAGCUACGAAUGCAAAUUUACUUACUGCGUUUUAACGUUACUAUGCUCAGGUUUUCGCUGGUUUAUAAAGUUUGCAAGCUAGCCAUUCCAACUGUAACCUGUAACUUGGAACUGUUGGGAAAAUGGAGAAACGAUGCAAAAAUGCCACUGAAUCCCAAGGAAACAUUAAGCGAUCCAUAUGUGACAGCGAUGUUUUGAAGCACAAAAUGUAUAAAGUGCCUCCCCCAGAACUGGAUGAGGGGACAUUUCCCUGCCCUGUAACCAGGAACAUGAGACACCUCCUGGACGAAUUCAAGGGCUUGUACGAAGAGAGACUGAGGCGCCUGGAAUUCGAAACAGGAGGAGAGAGUCAUGAAGAGAUUUUGCGGAUGAAAGUACGCAUUCUGAAUUCCUAUGUGAAUGACCUGAGUGACCAAAACCAAGUUUUAAUCCAAACGGUGGAAGAUCUUGAGAAGGAAGCCAAUGGAAAGGUUACCUUUUUGGAGGCGAAGAUUCACAGUUCUGACCAGAUCAUUGGUGAUUUGGGCUAUCAGAAACGGUGCCUGGAAGACAGCAGGGAGAACCUCCGCAGUGAGAUGGUGGACAUGAAGCUGGACAUCAGCACCCUCUCCAGACUGGUCCAGCAGGUUCAGCACACACACACGCUGGAUGUUUCUGGUGUUACCCUCAGGACAAUUCCUCUGGAGCAAAUCGCAGAGGCGUCAGUUUACAGUAAGCACAUCUCAAAGCCAGAAGACAUUAUGAAGGCACAUGUCCGGGAUCUCCAGUCCCAGUUGAAGGCCAAGGACAGGAUUAUUCAGAAUCUCAGAGAGGAAAUUAAGCAGAGUUCACUUGAAAGAAUACAGAGCGAGAAGAAUGAGCCCUCUGAGGGAAGGCAUGCAAUCGUGUUCCUGCAGAGGAAAGUGGACUCCCUCCAGACGCUUGAACUGGAGAAAGUGACCCAGCUCACGGAGAGAGACAUCACCAUCGCCAAACUGCACACUGAGCUCCAGGUCGCCGAGCAAGAUGGAAGAGACAUGCAAAAGGAGAUGUCCAACCAGAGGGAAAAGGUUAAUGAGUUACAGGAAGCGCUUCGACAGCUUAAGGAUCAAAUGGCAGCCAAGGACGUUCAGAGCGAAGCCUUACUCCAGUGCAGCAGAGAUAUGGAGGAGAAGGCAACUGCCCUGACUGCUGAGCUUCAGAAGAGCAGAGAGCGUUUGCAGAAGCAGCAGAUGGAAUUAGUGUCCGCGAAACGGAAAGAAGACGGACUCCUCACAGAGUGGCAGGCGCAGGAGCAGAGGGUGGUGAAGGUGGAGCUGGAGCAGCGUCAGAAGCAGGAGGAGGCUUUGCGGCUGGCCUCUCUCACAGAGCGGCUGAACGUCCAGCUGCUGGAGGCCCGUGACUUACACACACAGGCCACAUGUCAGCUGGAUGCUACCAAGCGGGAGCUGGAGGGGGCGCGCGCCCAGUUGGCGGAAGCCAGACGACGCAGCGACGCCUGGCAGGUUGAGAGUGAAGCCAAAAUGGCGACGGUGAAGAACGAGCUCAGCCAAGAGUAUGGAAAUAAGCUGCGGGAACACGAGCUGAGAGGCAGACAGAUAAAUGAGGAGCUGCACGACUUGAAAGAGAAGCACGGCUCUGCCAAAGAGGAGCUUUCAAAGUUGCAGAAAAUAGUUGACGAGCAAGAGAUGGAGCUGAAGAACCUUCAUCUGCGACACAGGGUGAUCAAGGAGGACAACGGGAGACUGCUGGCCAGGCUGGAGGCCCAGACCGUGACCGCCCAGAGUGAACAGGAUGUUUUCACCAGUGAGAUCAGCAGCACAGAGGGUGUGAUCCAUACAAUGAGACUGCAGCAGCUGGAGAGAGAGAAAGACAUUUCCCAGGCAGCUCAACAGAUCUACGCGCUGGAAACCGUGCUGCAGGAGGAAAGAGAGAAAUCACUGGCAGCAGAAAGUGAGACGCAAAGACUGUGCCAAGUGAUACAUUCUUUAGAAAAACAACUCCAACAAGUGCAGCUUGCAGAAAAGGAUGCCGUGUCAAAGAUAAACGAGCGUGAGGAAAGGGUGAGGCACUUGCAGCUUGACCUGACCUCGUUGAGAGCCACGCAGGACUCUUUGAAGAGGGCGGUGAUGGUGAAGGAGCACUCUAACGGUGAACUCUCUCAGGAGUGCACUGACUUGAGGCAGACCCUGGGGUGCCUGCAAAACAAGCUCCAAUACAGCGAGGAAAAAGUUAAUAGCUUGGAUUUAGAAGUUGGACUGCUGAAGUCGAAAUUACAGGAAAAGACAGAGCAAUCUCAACAGCUGCAAGAUGAAAUUGUGAAGCAGCAGGAGGCUCUAAGUAGGGCAAAUGAAACUCUGAAAGACACCAGGAAAGCAGCUGGCAAUAAGAUACACAAGAAGGAAAACAAACUAGGUGUGAUGCAGAAGGAUUUGAUAGAGGCCCAAACUAAGUACUCUGAAUGUAAGAACGAGUUGCUCCGUAGGGAAAAUCUCCUGCAGAAGCUGAAGGAAGAGACCGGGCGGCUGACAGCCCAAAUAAAGGAGCAAUCCCAGGACAUUAACAAGCUCAGCAGCGAGAAGAAAAAACUCCAGCUGGAGUUGACGGUUGUCAUGGAGAAACACAGAACAGCGCAACAAGAGGUGAACAAUCGGGAUCAAGCGAUUCUGCAGCUGAAGACUGACCUGAAAGCGCGGGAGGAGCGUCACCACGGAGCUCAGGAGGAGCUGGGUCUUCAGGAGUCUGAGGUCAGCAGGCUUAAUGAGCGGGUGAAGAGUCUGCAGAAGGAGCUACGGGGGACGUGGGAGAGGAGCCGGGAGGAGGAGGCGCGAGCUGACCGCGCCCAGGAGGAGAAACAGAACCUGCAGCUCCAGCUCCACGCCGCGCAACAACAGCUGCAGUACCAGGUGAAAGUAGUUGAGCAGCUGACCUCUGACCUGGACAACACAAAGCAGGGUCACACUACUGAUAUGGAGCGCUGGAACCAGAAGACUCAGCUUUUGCAGAACCAGCUUGAUCAAUCGUGCAUGGACCUGCUGGACAGCCAGAGCAAAGCGCAGGAGCACAGGCUAAAGAGCAGGGAGAUGGAGGACAGGCUUCACCAGAACCAGGCUUUAUACCAGGAGGCCCUGGCAAAGAUCCAGGACGGAGCAGAGCUGGUGAAAAAACAAACCACGGAAAUGUUGCAUUUACACCAGCACCUAGAGGAUGUCCAAACAGAGCUGAGGGAGACCAGCAAUGCAGCCAAGAACCAUGAGAUGACAGCGGACAUCUUCAGACAGAAAUAUCAGAUGGCUAUGGACAAAGCACAGCAGCUGGAGGGGCAUAUUCAGAGUUUGGAGGAAGAGGUCUGCUACGCUAACAAACAGGUACUCGAGGCACAAGAUGUGGUCAGUGGCUUGCAAGCUGAGAUAUCAAAUGUGGAGGGUCUCUACGAGGAGAAGCGCAAACAGAUGGAAAAUUCAGAGGAUGCCAUUGACCAGCUAACGGAAGAACUCCAAACAACUCAGGAGAAGCUUAUGAGCAGCAGUAACCGCACCCUUGAAUGUGAGAAACUAAUAGAAAAAUUAAAAGAGCAAGUGGGCAUUCAACACAAAGAGAUUCUGGAUCAUGAAAAUACAUUCCUUCAGCUUCAGUCUCAACUCACAUCAUACCAGUUCAGCCAUAGCUACUCUAACAAAGAGUUUGAAGCCCAACAAAAACACUGUGAUGUUUUACAAAAGGAGCUGGCUUCGCAGAAGGAGCAGCUGGAGGAGCAGCUGGAGGAGCAGCAGGCCUGGAAGGAGGGGCGGGACAGGAGCACUCAGCAGCUGAAGACCGCGGUGCUUGGCCUCCGCGAGGAGCUCCAGACCCGCGUGCGGGAGAGCCAGGGCCUGGAGAGAGCCCUGCAGUCGCUGCACCUGGAUGCUGCGUCCGCCCAGCAGGCCCACAAGGCCGCUCUCGCCCAGCUAGAGCAGGAAGUGGCUCAGCUGGAGGUAGACCUCAGUGAGGCCAGGAAGACCAGCGCCCAGAGGGAGCAGGCAAUGGGAAAAAGGGAUGACCUUCUGAAGAAGUCUGAAGCUGACCUUCUUCAGGCGCAGGAGGCCAUCAAAGGCACCUCUCUGCAGCUGGAGCACCUCAAGCGCACAGUCGAGGACCUGAGAGGAGAUCUGCAGGCCGUGGAGAAGGACAAAAGCCAAAAACAGCAGGAGAACCUGGCUUUGAGGAGCGAAGUGAAGCGGCUGAACGAGGAGCUACACGACUUGCACAAGCAGCACAGAGAGACCGCCCAGGAGCGAGCUGGCCGGGAGGAGCGGGCCGCGCUGCUGGAGUCCAGCCUGAGCGCCGCGCGGGAGCAGCUGAGGGAGCGGACGGAGGAGGAGGCGCGGCAGGAGCAGAGUGUACGCACCACCCAGGCACAGCUCCGCAACGCUGUCCAGAGGGCCCGCGCCGCUGAGGAGGAGGCCACCGAGCUCCGGCUGAUGGUGGAGAGGCUGCAGACGGACGCGGGAGCGGUGAAGGAGUCUCUGAAGCAGGCCCAGCAGGAGGCAGCUGGCCGGGAGCAGGAGCGACAGAGGGCAGAGGUGGAGCACGACGGCUCCCGGAAGGAGGUCCUCAACCUCACGCGCCAGCUCCAGCAGCAGGAGGAAGCCAUGCGGUGUCUGAGGGAGGAACUGGGGCAGGAGCACACGCGCUACCAGGACCAGCAACGGCAACUUACCAAGCUGAAAACAUACAUGGAGAACAUGGAGACCGAGCUGGAACAUCUGAGAAUCAAACAAACCGGCGACGCCAACACGGCGAGGUGUUAUGAAGACUCAUUGACGAAGCAGAAAGCUGAUCUGCAAGAGGCCACUGACUCAUUGACUGCCUGUAAGGAGGACCUCCAGAGAGCGGAAGAGUCCAUCGCUAGCCUUCAGCAGGAACGAUCUUUGCUAAAGGAUGAAGUGGAAGCAAAGGCAGAGUGUCUGAAAACCGAACAGUGCCUUUUCAGAGAAAAGCUGGAGGCAGCAGCUGCAGAGCUGGAGACUCAGAGGCUGGCGGCGCAGCAGGCCCGUGAAGACAACGCACGCCUUCGCCAGGAGAGCCAGUUAGCGGUAGCCAGCGUCAACCGCUGGAUCAGAGAGCAGAAGAUGGCCAAUGAAGGUCUGGCUGGGAAAAUCAAAGAGCAGAACAAGCUUCUGACCAUUGUCAGCGCUGAAAAAGACCAUUUGCAAGAAACCAAAGAUGCGAUGGAGGUGGACCUCAGGAAGCAGAGAGCAGUGAUUGAUGAAAAUAAAAAAGAGAUUGGACAUUUAAAGGCCAUCCACAGUCACUCUGCUAAUCAGCAGGCACUUCUUAAUCAGCUCAGAGGUCGUCUGGAGGUAGAGGAGAUUGAGAGGGAGAGUCUCAUGACACGGAAUCUGUGCCAAAUCGAGGGCAUGCAGGCCAGGCUGAAGGCCAAUAUGGAGUCCAUCACCCUGCUGAAUGAGCAGCUGAGCACUGUGAGCGCAGAGAACGCGGAGCUGAGGAGGCUCCUGGAGCAGGAGAGGGCCCAGCGCAGACAGCUGGAGGUGCUGCUGAAGAGACCGCGUUCCCCCUGGUCUCCGUCCACCGGCAGCCUCUCCCAGCGCCUCCCCCUGACCCCGCUGCGGCCCCCGCCCCUCGCCCAGCCCGCCGCCCCCCCGCGAGGGCCCUCCAGCGGCCCUGAGGGGGGGGAGACGGCGGCCUUAACGAGAGGGGACCUUGAAGAAGCGCGGAUGAGAGACUCGCCGGAUAAGUCGUACUGGAUCCAGAGAGUGGGAGAGCUCUCCGCUCAGCUGCAGGAGAGCACCGAGUACUGGUCAGAGAAAAUGAGUGACCUGGCGGCCGAAGUCGAGCACGCCCAGUUCGCCUCCCCGAAGAAGUGAAGUCGCUGUCUCCCACCACCCCCUACCCCCCCCAGACCAAACGGGACUCACAUUCACCCUGAAAACUUGAAAACAUGGAAUGUACUGUAUGGGCACAGGGAAAUGAGUGGCUUAGGGUGCCUUCCGAAGCACCUGCUCUGAACUAUCCGUAUUGCACUGGGAAUAAUACCAUGUAUAUAGAUACAAACGUCUUGAGUGAAGGAAGUUUAUUAAUAUUUAUUAUUGACAUGAAAUUGAUCAGGUUAGCGGUUGUUUGGCGAAGGUUAAUGUUGUGCCUUGUUCUAAUUUUGUUGGUUUGCUCAUUUAUAAAGCGUUGGUUUUUAUUGGUCAGCGAGAUGCGUUUCAUCUGGUGUGUGUGCAUUAAAGUGCCAGGAGCCCCAUAAUGCACAGGAAAUGAGUGCUCAUCUCUGUCCACUGGCUGCUCCCUCAUAAAUAAGUGAUGGGAUGAAUCACCUUCUUUGUUAGUCCUGCAUGCUGAUGAUACAUUGUUAUUUCUCCUCCGUUUGUAUUGUGCACCAACAGUCUCAUCAUGUCCCCUCGGCUAAAGUGCGCUUUUUGUUUUGUUUUUCCUCAGAAUGAUUAGACCGAAUGACUUUGACAGAAAUUACAGACGGCCAACCUUUUUUCUUCCAAAUGCCUCCACAAUGCUUAACCAUUUUUAAUGCCCAUUUAUAGGAGCGUGCUUCUAUAGCCUUGUUUGUCCAUAGAGUUUAUAGAAGCCUUUAAUAUGAUUCUGUGAGUUCCGUUGUAUUCUGCUAUUGUAGUCUGUCCUUGCCAUGUUCUUUUCUUUCCUUUGUCCUUUUCAGUUGCCCCUAUAACUAUAGAUUAAUAAAUGUAUCAACAACCAAA